AGGGCCAGCAGCAGCACCUGGGAGGGGCCACGUUCCCUGCCCCACCCAGCAGGCGUCCCGGGCAACCGGGGUGGCUCCUCUGUGACCUUGCUGCAGAACAAGCGGAACCGGUCAGUGUGCACCAUGCUGUGCUGCCUGCUGCUCCUCGCCCUGCUGCUGGGGGCUGCGCUCCCACGGCCUGUGCACCAGAGGGACAGCUACUCAGUUCCUGAGGAUUUCUCUGCUCCCCUGGAGCUUCCACAGAAGCACUUUGGCCUGGUGGACGAUUACGGCAUCAGGCCCAAGCAGCCCGGCCUCAGGACGCGGGCGGCCCCGGCGCGGCCGGCGCAGCUGCGCAGAGCUCACAAAAGCAAGCGCGACGGGCUGGACCUGCUGGAGUACUACGAGGACGGGCGCCUGUGAGCCAGCGUGCCCUGUGCCUGCCACGGCCCCGCAGGUGAGGGCUGCAGCAACGGCUGCCUGCAGGCCCUUCACAUCAUCGUAUGAGCUCUGGCCUCCCACGACUGCUGCCAGGGCUCUCGGACCAAUACUGAGAAGCUCCAGCUCCUCUUGGGGUCCCAAAGGAAAGUAGGAGGCCCA